CCCUUUUCUCCUGAUUAGUAAUAUCUUUAACUGGAAUUGAACAGGCACUAGUGCAUUAUGUUCAUCCGUCGUUGUACAAGUUAACCUUCAUCGUUUGUCUACGAGAAUGAAUCCUGCUGUUUUAUUUGACUUGUAGUAACUUGUGAGAUCGUGAUCUUUCAAUUGAGUGGUCCGCUCAAAAAGACAUGGUCUUCAGUUUCAGAGUUCAUUCUCAGGUAAUGGAGCGACUCAGCAGUGCGAUUGACACGCUCGUUGAUGAUACUUGCAAUGGACUGCUCAAACCAAAGCAUAUUCGGGCUGCGGCAAAAGAAUGCGGCUUGAAACUCGACAGAAGCGAAGCGGAUGCAGCUGUAACGAGGCUGGUGACACUUUUCCGCACCAAAUUUCGUUCAGGCAUUGACGAAAUAGUCCGCGAAUCGAAGAUAGAGGAGAAAUUGGCAAACUUGGAAGUCCUGGCGGCAUCUUGCAAAGCGAAAUGCGAGGAAUUAGGCGUUACGGAUGGUUACCGUCCACUUGGGGUUGAAGAAGAUCUGGAAGGCCACAUUUACCCUAUCGUUAGCGCCUACCAAGAGGCAUUGACCAACAAGAAUGCUGAGCUUGAGCAUGAUAUAGAGAGGACUCGAGAUGAAUUGAAGCAAGCAAACGGACGAGUGAAUUUGCUGGCUAAAAAGGCUGAAGCACUGAUGGCCGAUAAAGACGAAUCGUUGCCAUGAUCUCUUUGGAAACACAUCUUCUUGUCUCGGCGCUUGAUAUCAUUCAUUGUGUUGAUAUCUUGUAAAAUACACAUCUUGUCGAGAUAUUUCGCACAUGUGUUCUUUUUUUUUUAUUGAAGUCAAUCAUGUUUUUUUACCCCUCUGCUGUACAUAAAGAUUAUUAAAUCUCUGAU